AUGCGCUUCAGAGAUUCUGGGAACUCGAAGCUGUCGAUCAUGGCCCAACGUACUCCACUGAAGAAAAACGAUGCGAAGAAAUCUAUGCCAACACUACCACCCGAACUCACUCCGGAAGGUACGUCGUACGCCUUCCUCGGUCCGAAGAUCCGCAAGUCACCCUCGCAAACCUACCACGAGUUCAUCGAUGAAUACCUCCGAGUCGGCCACAUGCGCAAGAUUGAUGUUGUUGAUGAUGCUGUUCCACAUUGUUACCUACCACACCAUCCGGUGUUCAAGGAGAGCAGUACUACCACCAAGGUGCGUGUGGUUUUCGACGCCUCUUGCAAAACGUCCACUGCAGUGUCCCUGAAUGAUACACUCCUCGUCGGUCCAGUUAUACAGCAGCCUCUCGUCAACAUCAUUAUUCGUUUCCGGUUCCACGUGAUCGCCUUCGUCGCUGACAUGAAAAAAAUGUAUCGCCAAGUGCUCCACCAUCCCGAGGAUCAACAUUUCCUGCGCAUUCUGUUCCGCCGAACUCCAUCGGAUCCGAUCGACACCUACGAACUUCUGACGGUCACAUACGGCACCGCAGCUGCUCCAUACCUGGCCACCCGCACACUUUUACAGUUGGCUAUGGAUGAAGGAGACAACUUCAAGGAAGCCGUUAAAGCAGUCAUCGAGGACUUCUACGUAGACGACCUCCUUUCCGGAGCAGCAAAUCUGGAGGAUGCCAUCGAGAAGCGUCGCCAAAUCACUGACAUGCUUGCGACCGCUGGGUUUCCGUUGAGAAAGUGGGCCUCCAACGUGCCAGAAGCAUUGACUGGCGUACCAUCCGAAGACUUAGCGAUAAAACCGCUCCACGAUCUCCACGACGAUCAAUCCGUCUCAACAUUAGGCCUUGUUUGGGACACAAGAACGGACAUGCUGCGGUUCAAUGUCGAGAUGCCGCUCCCUGCAGCAAUCCUCACAAAACGUAAAGUGAUCUCCUACAUUGCCAGAAUAUUUGACCCAUUAGGUCUGGUCGGUCCGGUGAUAGCUGCCGCCAAAAUGUUUAUGCAACGCCUCUGGAAACUGAAGACUGAGGAUAACAGUCCUUACGAGUGGGACAGGCCACUUCCACCCAACCUACAAGAAGAAUGGAAGAAGUAUCACGCCACUUUGGAUAUACUUUCCGAAUUACGAAUUCCUCGCUUCGUUUCAUUUGCCGAUGCACCAAUACUCCAGCUACACCUGUUUUCCGACGCUUCAGAAUUGGCUUACGGCGCAUGCUGCUACGCUCGUUCAGAGGACGACAAUCGCAUUCACGUACAGCUGCUGACUUCGAAGUCGAAGGUUGCGCCAAUAGCCACCAAGCAUUCCAUCGCUCGUCUGGAACUGAACGCUGCUGUCCUGUCUACCAGAUUGUUCCAGAAGAUAAACCAAUCAAUGCGAUCGUCAACCGAAGUCUUCUUCUGGACAGAUUCAACCACCGUCCUGCAGUGGCUUAAAUCUGCACCGAAUCGUUGGAAAACCUUUGUAGCCAAUCGAGUUUCAACGAUCCAGUCUAACACCGAAGGGUAUUCCUGGAAUCACGUUCCCGGAAUCGACAAUCCAGCCGAUGAACUAUCCAGAGGGCUGACACCGGCCCAACUACUAAACCAAAGCCGUUGGUGGAACGGACCAUCGUGGCUUUCCAAAUCGUCCGAUCAUUGGCCAAAUGCAAGCAUCCCCUGCGAAGAGUUUCAAUCUACAGCCGAAGAGGCACGCAAUGUUUCGUUAGUAGCGGUGCUUAGUGAAGAAACCUCAUUCGCAGAUCAGUUGUUCCUUCGUUUCUCAUCAUUUUCCAAAAUACGUCGUGUGGUUGCCUACUGCAUCAAGUACAUCAAUUCCCUGAAGCAACAAACUUUCGCAGAUGAGGUAGCAGAGAUUAAAUCCGUCGGAACCGUGAAAGGUGCCCCAUUGAAAUGGCUGAAGCCACGCUUGACACUCGACGGAAUCCUCCGUGUUGGCGGACGACUCGAGAAUGCCCAUGCACCUGAAGCAAGCAAGCACCCAAUCAUCCUGUCAUCCAAGCACCCUCUGUCUCGUCUACUCUGUGAUCAUUACCAUAAGGCUCUCCUUCAUGCUGGUCCCCAGUUGAUGCUGUCCACAUUGCGCCAGAAAUAUUGGAUUCUUGGAGGAAGAGACCUGACCCGAUCAACCUACCACCAAUGUGUCAAAUGUUUCCGCACUAAGCCGCAACUCAUCCAACAGAGCACUGCUGAUCUACCAACGUCCCGUGUCACGCCAGCACGGCCGUUUUCCAUCUCUGGUGUGGAUUACUGCGGCCCGGUAUUUCUCAAGUCUCCAGUGCGGAAUAGAUCUCCGACAAAGGCUUAUAUAGCCAUCUUCGUGUGCUUCUCGACCAGAGCAGUACACAUAGAACUGGUUUCGGACCUUUCCACUCCAGCCUUCCUCUCAGCUCUACGUCGCUUUGUUGCACGCCGCGGGCGAAUUUGUGAGCUCCACUCCGAUAACGGUACCGCCUUUAAGGGAGCAGCAAAUGUCUUGCAUCGCAUCUACGAAAUGCUGAAGCUCAACGAUAGUGACCGCGAAUCCAUCACCAACUGGUGUGCUGAGCAGGAAAUCCAGUGGAAGUUUAUACCGCCACGCGCCCCACAUUUCGGAGGAUUGUGGGAAGCGGCGGUGAAAUCGUGCAAGUACCAUCUCCUACGAGAAAUAGGCCAAACAUCGAUCAGCUGGGAAGAUAUGACAACGUUGCUGGCACAAAUCGAAAUGUGCUUGAACUCACGACCACUAACUCCGCUUCCAACAGAUCCCGCCGACCUCCAAGUACUUACCCCAGGCCAUUUUCUUGUUGGUUCGAAUCUCCAAGCAGUUCCGUCAGCCAAUGUUACCGAAAUACCGGACAACCGUCUGGAUCACUGGCAACGAACCGAAAAGCAGUUGCAGCGUAUUUGGACAAGGUGGUAUCCGGAGUAUCUUGCCCAACUUCAAACCAGAGCCAACAAGGGUUGCAAGUCUCCAGUCAAUCUGCAGUUAGGGCGGAUCGUGGUCAUCAAAGACGAAAAUCUUCCACCGGCACAGUGGCCGCUGGGACGAAUUACGAAGCUGCAUCCAGGUAAAGAUGGAAUCGUCCGUGUUGUUAGCAUGAAGACAGCAGCAGCAGAGAACGUCGUGCGACCAGCCGCCAAGGUGGCCCUUCUACCUAUAACACCAGAUGACUACCAAACCACAUCGUAA